GUUGCUAAAGGAACUCCCAAUCGGGCCAAAUUAACUGCCCCACCUUGUGUGUCUAUCACAGAAUCAAAAAUUCCAGGAGCUGGUCUUGGAGCUAUUGCACUUGUUACAAUUCAUGCUAGAAGCACGUUUGGCCCUUACGAAGGAAAAAUUAUUAAUGAUUUGGAUGAUACUUAUGUAUCUGGUUACAGUUGGCAGAUUAAAAGGAAUGGAAAACAUAGCCAUUCUGUUGAAGCAAAGAAUGUGAAAAUCUCUAAUUGGUUGCGAUACGUAAACUGCGCAAGGACGGAAGAAGAACAGAAUUUAACAGCUUUUCAGUACAAUGAUAAUAUUUACUAUAGAACAUUAAGAAACAUUGUUCCUGGUGAAGAAUUACUUGUCUGGUAUGGAGAAGAAUAUGCCAAAUAUCUUGGUAUACUACGAGGUAAACAACCGAAAACAAAGACUGUUUCCACUGUUGGGGCAGAGUUAUCAGAAACAAUCAGUUCUGCAGAUAACUGUCAUUCCUCAAUUUCUCAGAUUGAUACAUUUCUUGAGAGUACCAAAAUGCUUGAAGACUUGGAGCAACCUAGAAUGAAUUUGUCACCGGAAAAUAAUAAAAUACAAACACAAUCAAUUAAGAGUGGAACAAACUGCAGAAAAGAUGAUUUAUCAAAUGUCACUGAUGUGAAUUCCAAAGAGAAACCAUUCCGGCGUGAGAACUGUGGAAAGAAAUUUUCUGACUCUUGUAUAUUCACAAAACACAAGAAAAUCCAUUCUGGAGAGAAAGCAUUCCAGAGUAAGGAUUUUGGAGAGAAAUUACCUGACUCUAGUGACUUCAGUAAACAAGUGAAAAAAGACACUGGAAUGAAACCACUUCAUUCUGAAAAAUGUAAGAAGUCAUUCUCUCAUUCUGGUACCUUAAGAACACAUGAGAAAAGACAGACUGGAGAGAAACUAUUUCAAUGUAAAAUGUGUACAAAGUCAUUCUCUCGUUCUGGUGAUUUAAGAACACAUGAGAGAAUACAUUCUGGAGAGAAGCCAUGUGGUAAGUCAUUCUCUCGUUCUACUAAAUUAAGAAUACAUGAGAGAAUACACACUGGAGAGAAACCGUUUCAAUGUCAGGAAUGUGGUAAGUCAUUCUCUCGUUCUAGUGGUUUAAGAAUACAUGAGAGAAUACAUUCUGGAGAGAAACCAUAUCAGUGUAAGGAAUGUGGAAUGUCAUUCUCUCAGUCUAGUGAUUUAACAAGACAUGAAAGAAUACAUUCUGGAGAGAAACCAUAUCAGUGUAAGGAAUGUGGAAUGUCAUUCUCUCGUUCUACUAAAUUAAGAAUACAUGAGAGAAUACACACUGGAGAGAAACCGUUUCAAUGUCAGGAAUGUGGUAAGUCAUUCUCU